AUGAAGCAGUGGCCACUGCCCCGUGAACAAGUACUUGCGAUCGACAAGUUCUUUGCCGGUCGUUUAGCUGCGGGCCAUGUGAAGGAAUCUACUUCCCCACAUAGCUCUCCGACCUUCUGUGUGCGAAAAGCAACAGGAGGGUGGCGGAUAGUGCACGCGUUCAACAAAUUGAAUGCUGCAACGGUAUCGGCGUCUGAGCCGAUACCGAGGAAGGACGUAAUCAUUGAUGGUAUGUCAAAGAGUACCAUCUUUUCGUCCAUGGAUUUGAUGGAUGGCUUCUAUCAAAUCCUUAUGCGAGAACGGGAUGUACCCUAUACCGCAGUUAGCACGCCUAGCGGCGUGCUCUGGGAAUGGCUAGUAAUGCCACAAGGGCUUAGUAAUGCCCCUGCCACGUUCAACAGAUGUGUAUCACAUCUGUUGAGACCAGUACGAGAAUUCGCGCCGAGGUAUUUCGAUGACGUAUUCAUCCAUAGUCGGGCUAUGGAUGGAAAGUCGGACGUUGAGGUUCACAGGUACCACGUCCGACAGGUCCUUACAAUCAUGCGAAAGCAUCAAUUGUAUGCAAACCUCAAGAAGUGUACAUUUGCCGCAAGCGAACUACCACUUCUUGGGUGCAUCGUUGGUAAGAACGGUGUACGUCCUGAUCCCGAAAAGAUCAAGGCGAUCACCGACUGGCCUGUGCCGGUUGAUGUCAAAGGUCUUCGAAAAUUCCUUGGGCUAGCGGCGUAUUUGCAUAAGUAUUCACGUAAUUACGCCGAGAUGACUGUGCACCUCUCUCGUUUGUUGAAAAAGAACGAGAGGUGGUUAUGGAACGCUGAAUGUCAACGCUCCUUUGAGGGUAUCAAGAAGAGCUUGAUACAAUCCCCAGUCCUAGCAAUUGCCGAUCAGGACAGGCCAUUUCAUGUGGUCUGUGAUGCCAGCGAUUUCGCAAUCGGCUGUGCAUUAAUGCAGUACGACCUUGAAGGCGUUGAACGAGUCGUCUGCUACCAGUCGCGUCAGCUGCGAUCAGCUGAGCGGAACUAUCCAGUGCAUGACAAGGAACUCCUUGCCAUGAAGUAUGCACUCGCGAAGUUCAGAGUCUAUCUAUUAGGAGAUAGACCCUUCAUUGUUUACACUGACCAUGCGUCAUUACGCACGGCAGUGAACAGCCCGCACCUUUCACAACGAAUGGCGCGGUGGUUGUCAUUCUUGGCGGAAUACAACUUUAUGGUCGAGUACAAACCAGGACGACUUAAUGUCGUCGCUGAUGCACUCUCACGUCGUCCCGACUUUGAAACAGUCGUGAAACCCAACAGUGAGACAGUCACUGUUGCGGUUAUGACGUCCUCAGUCCCAUCUACAACGUUGUACGAUGAUGUGAGGCGGGCAUACGCCCAAGAUGGUGGGAUUGUGAAGUUGUUGACACAUCUCUCCCAACCGUCUCGAGAAUCGUUGGAACGAUUUUCGUCUGCGUAUCGAUCUGCAUCAGAUCGAUACACUACUCGUAACGGUUUACUGUACUAUACAGCCGUUUCUGGUGACACACCACGUGUUGUCAUUCCUGAUGAUACUGAUCUGCGUUUGCGGAUCAUGUUCGAGUAUCACGAUGCUCCUAUAGGAGGACAUCGUGGCCGAGAGAAAACAUAUCUCACGGUAAGUCGAGACUUUUACUGGCCCCGCCAGUAUCAGUUUGUGCGAAAGUAUGUUCGCGCAUGCGAAGUCUGUCAACGAGUGAAGUCAAGUCCUUCACUGCGUGCACCUUUACAGCCUCUACCGGUUCCGGAUGAGUGCUGGGAAUCCGUCUCAAUGGAUUUCGUCUUCGGGUUACCCAAAGACGCACGCGGGAAUACGGGUAUUCUCGUAUUUGUUGACAGAUUCAGCAAAAUGGUACACCUUGUGGCUGUACCAGAGACAAUCACGGCAAGUGGCUGUGCUUGUGUCUUUAUUGAAACCAUCUUCCGACUUCAUGGUUGCCCCGUGAACUCGUAUCAGACAGAGAUCCACGCUUCACUGCUGAUUUCUGGCGUUCCGUGUUCAAAUCACUCGGAACGCGCUUGA